GCGCGGCACCCCAUUUCCCAGCCCUCCAGGUCCUGAGAGGGUCUUCCCUAGGGGGCUUUGAGAGAGGAUCCGCUGCAGCGGCUCGAACGCGCCUCUAAGCUGCGUGCUUUCCUUGUCUAGGGCCGUGGGGUGCUUUGCGGUUGCCGUCAAGCACGACGACGGGCCGCGGGAGGGCCUAGGGGCUGCCAUGGCUGCGGCGGCGGGCCGGCUGCAUAGCUCCUGGGUGCUGCUGGGGCCACUUCUGUGGGGGCUCGCGCUGCUGGGAGCCGGGCCGGUCCCGGCGCGGGCGCUGCACAACGUCACGGCUGAGCUCUUCGGGGCCGAGGCCUGGGGCACCCUGGCGGCCUUCGGGGAUCUCAACUCCGACAAGCAGACGGACCUCUUCGUGCUGCGGGAAAGAAAUGAUUUAAUCGUCUUUUUGGCAGACCAGAACGCACCCUAUUUUAAGCCCAAAGUAAAGAUAUCCUUAAAGAAUCACAGUACAUUGAUAACAAGUGUGGUCCCUGGGGAUUAUGAUGGCAAUUCACAGAUGGAUGUCCUUCUAACGUAUUUUCCCCAAAAUCAUGCCAGCAGUGAAUUAGGAGCUGUUAUCUUCUGGGGACAAAAUCAAACAUUAGAUCCUAACAAUAUGACCAUACUCAAUAGGACUUUUCAAGAUCAACCACUAAUUAUGGACUUCAAUGGAGACUUAAUUCCUGAUAUAUUUGGUGUCACAAAUGAAUCUAGCCAACCACAGAUACUGUUAGGAGGAAAUUUAUCAUGGCAUCCUGCUUUGACCACUAAAAGUAAAAUGCGAAUUCCACAUUCUCAUGCAUUUAUUGAUCUGACUGAAGAUUUUACGGCAGAUUUAUUCCUCACUACAUUGUCUUCCUCUAGUACCUUCCAGUUUGAAAUAUGGGAAAAUUCGGAUGGAAACUUCUCUGUCAAUAGCACAUUAGAAAAACCUCAAAAUAUGCUGGUGGUUGGACAGUCAGCAUUUGCAGACUUUGAUGGAGAUGGACACAUGGAUCACUUGCUGCCAGGCUGUGAAGACAAAAGCUGCCAGAGAAGUACCAUCUACCUAGUACGAUCUGGAACAAAACAGUGGGUUCCAGUCCUACAAGAUUUCAGCAAUAAGGGCACACUCUGGGGUUUCGUGCCAUUUGUACAUGAAGAACGACCAACUGAAAUUCCAAUUCCAGUUACCCUUCAUAUUGGAGACUACAACAUGGAUGGCUAUCCAGAUGCGCUUGCCAUACUAAAGAAUACAUCUGGAAGCAACCAGCAGGCUUUUUUACUGGAGAAUGUUCCUUGUAACAGUGCAAGCUGUGAGGGGGCUCAUCGGAUGUUUAAAGUCUACUGGGACCUGACAGACCUAAAUCAAAUCAGAGAUGCUGUGGUUGCCACCUUUUUUGACAUUUACGAAGAUGGAAUCUUGGACAUUAUAGUACUGAGUAAAGGAUAUACAAAAAAUGAUUUUGCCAUCCAUACACUAAAGAAUAACUUUGAAGCAGAUGCCUAUUUUGUUAAAGUCAUUGUUCUUAGUGGUCUGUGUUCUAAUGACUGUCCUCGGAGGAUAACACCUUUUGGAGUGAAUCAGCCUGGACCUUACAUCAUGUAUACAACUGUUGAUGCAAAUGGGUAUCUGAAAAAUGGUUCAGCUGGACAACUGAGCCAGUCGGCACAUCUAGCACUCCAGCUACCAUACAAUGUACUUGGUUUAGGUCGAAGUGCAAAUUUUCUUGACCAUCUUUAUGUUGGUAUUCCCCGUCCACCCGGAGAGAAGUCUAUAAGAAAACAAGAAUGGACUGCAAUCAUUCCAAAUUCCCAGCUAAUUGUCAUUCCAUACCCCCACAAUGUCCCUCGAAGCUGGAGUGCCAAACUAUAUCUCACACCAAGUAACAUUGUUCUACUCACUGCUAUUGCGCUCGUCGGUGUCUGUGUUUUCAUCUUGGCAAUAAUUGGCAUUUUACAUUGGCAGGAAAAGAAAGCAGAUGAUAGAGAAAAGCGACAAGAAGCCCAUCGGUUUCAUUUUGAUGCUAUGUGACUUGGGUUUAAUAUUGCCUAAUGGAAUGAAUUUUCAUGUGAUUAGUUGAAAUAACCAACUUCUGGCUUAUCAAAAAAUAGGAGAUUUUGAAUAUUAUUUAUAAAUGAUGCAUCAUUUGGUAAUUAUUUGGAAAGUAUUAAAUACAGUCUGACUGUCUCACAAGGUCUUUUUUAAGCAGUUUGUAUACAAUUGGGUUCAUUAUUCAGUAGUUCUGUGCAUUUUUCUUCCUUUGUGGAAUGUAUUGCAUGUACUGUGGUGUCUAUGUAUUUAUAAUCUUAUUAGAGUAAUAAUGAUGGAUAAAGACAUGUAAAUAAAACUAUUUAAAUGAGCAGGAUUCUUUUAUUCCACUUAAAUUGGUCUUGUUUCUUAUUAUGAUAAUACAAAUUAUACUUUUGCAGAUGCAUCACAGAUAGAGUUAUUAAACCUGCACCUUCAUUACAGCAGUUCAGGGGUCUCAUUGUUGGCACACGAUGUAGUGAUUGAGCACUCUGGCUUUGGAGUCACAGCAAGACAGACUUGCCUUAAACUCCUGCUUCCAGAGCUUGCAAAGAUAUUGUUUGAAUUUGGCUCUUCCUUAACCACUGUGUGCUUCACUUUUGUUUACACAAUGGGGCUAAUAGUAUACCUAACUCACUUGAGUUAUUGUAAACAUUACAUGGGGAGAUUUUUGUAAAAUGCUUAGCUUGGUGCCUAGCACAGAGUAAGUGCUCAUUAAGUGAUAGUUGUCAUUAUUUUCAGAUGAUUUAUUAGACUUCUACAACUAAUUAUCAAAUUACAUUUUAAAAAUUAUAUAGAAUUGGUAGAAUUUUACUUUCAGGCAUGAGGAAAUCAUGUUCUUUGGAAAACCGAAAUUCUUGGUGGUUCACAACUUAUAUGUACAUUACUUGCUCAUAUUGACUAAAAAUUAUAGUACUCUCCAAGAAUAAAUGUGCUCUAAAAACGUUCAUGUGAAAACUAAUCCUUAUCAUGUGAUAAUGAAGAACAUUUGGUUUCUUGAAAAGAAGCUACUGUAGGCAGCAUCUGGGAAAAAAAAUCUUCAAUUGCAUUUCUGUUCUCAAAGGCUUAGAAAAGUCUGUAAUUUACAUUCAAACUUCAAUGCAAAUUUUAUAUUAUAUUCACAUUGCCAAAAUUUACUUCAAAGAGACUGAAGUGUAAGAUUGAGAAACAAGGGCCAGGGAUUUAGCUCAGUGGUUUCGCUGCCUGCUGUGCAAGCUCAAGGACCGGAGUUCGAUCCCCGGUACCAAAAAAAAAAAGAUUGAGAAACAAGUUUAUAUAUGAAGUCUAAUAAUUUUCUAAUAUGCAAAUAGACAUGUGAUAGCUCUAAAAUACAAAAAUUUCUCUGAAAACAAUUUUUCCCUUCAUGCUGUUUUUUUCUUUACAGUUCACUGAGAGUGGCAUGUGUUUAAUUAUUUACUGUGUAUCUAAGCAUGUUAAUGUGUCUUCCUAAUAAAUAUGCCUUACUGAAA